UCGCCGCCUGCGAGCGAGACAGGCCUCAGCGGCGAUGGGACCGAGGCCGUGACCGGAGGGCACCGAGCACCCAUGCCCGAACAAGCAGUUGCUGUAGCUGGAGGUGUAAUAGGAGGGAUCCUUUUAUUUGUUCUCAUUGGAAUAACUGCAUACCUGCUCUGGAAGAAAUUUUGCUGCCUCCUCUCUUAUGAAAAGCUCACCAGUCCUGUCAAAACAACAAAUGCAUAUGCCAUCUUUCAGGAUCAGUCAACUUCUGAAAUUCAACCAAAAUGCACAAGCAGAUCCAGAAGUGUUCCAUUUAUCAUUCCCCCAACACUGCACAGGCGAGACUGGACUAACCUGACAAAGAAAGAACACGUUCAGGAAGACAGUGACCCCUACGUGAUUCCUCAGUCUGGGCCACGGUCAUCAUUUCAUUCUUUGGCUGGAGCUUAUGUUGUAGGGACCAUUAACCCAGAGCUGUACAAGUUUCCUGAAGACAGAAGUGAGACAGAUUUUCCUGAAGGCAACAUUGGCCGCCUAUGGUUCUCCAUAGAAUAUGAGCAAGAAUCAGAAAGGCUCCUUGUCUCCUUGAUCAAAGUGAGGAAGCUGCAGCCUCCUGCCGAUUCCUGUAGUCCGUUUGUGAAAAUCUACUUGCUGCCUGAUGAAAGAAGCUACCUGCAGUCUCAAACAAAACACAAAACCCUUAACCCGCAGUUUGAUGAAAACUUUGUUUUUCAGGUUUCUAGUAGAAUGUUGCUCCAAAGGACUCUGAAGUUCUUGGUUUAUCAUGUUGAUCAACAGAAAAAGCAUCAUCUCCUAGGCCAAGUUAUCUUCCCACUGAAAAAUGAAACAUUAACUGAUUGCAACAAACUAGUCAUAUGGAGAGAUCUGGAGAAAGAAAACUUGGAGCCUUCUUCAGAGUACGGUGAUAUCCAGUUCUCCCUCAGCUACAAUGACUACCUUGGCCGUCUCACUGUAGUGGUUCUGAGGGCAAGGGGAUUAAAGAUCCAGGAGGAGAGCCAUGCUGUCAGCGUGUAUGUCAAAGUCUCACUAAUGAACCAUAACAAAUUAAUCAAAAGUAAAAAGACAGCAGCUGUUCUGGGAUCUCCCAAUCCAGUGUAUAAUGAAACCUUCAGUUUCAAGGCAGAUCAGACAGAGCUGGAUACAGCAAGCCUGAGUCUAUCUGUGCUCCAGAGUAUCAAUGGCGAAAAAACACAUCUGCUAGGACAUCUAGUAGUUGGGCCUUUCAUGUAUACCCGCGGCAAAGAACUAGAACACUGGAAUGAAAUGAUCAGCAAGCCCAAGGAGUUGGUUAAACGAUGGCAUGCUCUCUGCCACAGCCUGUAGAAAGCACAGAUGAAAGAGCAACCUUAAAAUGGAAGAGUUCUAUCUUUCAUAAUCUAAUGACAAAGUGGACAAAAUCUUUGAACAUUUUACACUCUGAAGUAGACAAGAAUAAAAUAAGUAAAUUCAUUUUCCUUGCCCAAACACAAAGAGCAGACUUGGUCCCUGGCAGGCUGGAACUAUCUUUCCUCUCUUCAAAAUAUAUUUCCAAUUUAAUUAAUAUGCAGCAGAGUAAACAAAACAAGACAACAAACAUGAUGUCCCACUAUUAGUUACUUUGAAUAGUAAACUCCAAUUCUUGGUUGUGAGUUCUGGCAAAAAUGAUAAUCCAACAUGUAGAUAGAACCCAAAAUGACUUAAGAAUUGUCAGUGAUGAUACCAGGCCUAACUGUCCACUGCAUUGCAUCACCACAGGCAGAACAGCUUCACCAGAAGGGAUGAAAGCCCAGUAAGCAUGCCAAAAGAGACAAAGCCCAAAAGAUGUUGACUGACUUCAAUUUACAAUUUAUUUAAAAUAGCAGCAUUAUAUUUAAAACCUUGUUUGAAUAUGAACGAUGGAAAGCAUUAAGUGUUUAUUGAUCAAAAACCUAGAAGCACCUGUUCACAUCCCUCAGCACAGUAUUUCUUGCAGUAAUUCAGUUAAAUUUUUUCAGCUAACUCACUGCACACUGUGUUGACACUAAGGGAUAAGCAUAAAAGAAGUCCUGAAGACACAAAUGAUUGGAGGUUUGCAAGAAUACUGGAGUACUCAGAAAGUAAGACAAUGGGCCUGGCCUUACAUAUUUCUCCCUAAACACAUCUCUGCUGGCAACAGAGCAAUGAUUACAAGAGCCUUAGGUUUGACCUAGUAUGAACAUUCCUACGUUUAAAAUCCAAUUACCUUAAGCCCCCAGGACAUACGUCUGUUUUAGUGGUAGAGUUUUCUCCAUUUCUCCAAUUACUGUUCUAUAAAAUAAUUCAGAGCAAUUAUUUUAAAUCAAAAUAAAGUAAAUAGGACAUCCUUCUCCUUGAUUGUUCACUGGGGACCUGAACUCUGUACCUCUCACACCAUACAGUCAUAAACCAGACACACAGACUAUUGCAGCAAAACAUUUUGUACAAUUAUGUUCUAAGAGGACUGUGAUCUCUGCAGCUGAAAUAAAGCCAACUUCCCUUCAAACAGGAUACGGUAUUAAUUAAUUCAAUAUAUUAAAAAAAUGAGGAUUCUCUGGGGAGAUGAGAACACUUUCCAUUUUGAUAACAUUAUUAUUAUCAUCUAAAGUAAAUAUUAUGAAUGAGAAUACAUCUGGAGAAGAACUGUAAGAUAACAGACUCCAUCUGAUCCUCCAUUUGAAAUGUUACGUGGUACCCUCAGUCGGUCUUGCUAACUGCACCAUUGGAUAUAAGAUGAGCCCAGACUCAUUACGUUUAAUUGAAUUUUACAGAAUAUUCAACCUUCUGUUAAAUGAGUAAUGCCAGCAUCCCCAACCCCAAAGAGCUGUUUUCAAAUUUUACUCCUACAAAACCACAGAAAACCAAUCUAAUAGGUAACAUGUUCGAUCUGGGAAAGAAAGCUCUAUAUAAACUCUAUAAUACCUGUAUUACUACUAUAAAGCAAUUUUACCAAUUAUAUUAUGCCCCUCUAUGAUAUAAAUCACACCAAACAUUAAAGAUCUUAAAACUGUUAAGAAUGUUUCAGACAUGUUUACUAGGUUAUGCAGGAAGACGCAUGUAAUGUACAGUGUCUAUUAACAUAAAUACCUCUGAAGUGGGAAGUCACCUGUCUGACUAUGUACAAUGCAGUUCAAGUAAUAAAACAAUACAUCAUAUUAA